AUGAGCCCGCAUCUUCGCUUCACCAAACUCGACGUCUUCACGUCGACGCCUUUCUCUGGAAAUCCCCUCGCGAUAGUCCAUGUCCCCCCGAACGUGACGCUAUCCCAGGACGAGAAGCAGCUCGUCGCGCGCGAGUUCAACCUCUCGGAGACCGUCUUCCACCACGAGCAGGACUCCCACGACCCUGUCACGAUCGACAUCUUCACGACAACCGAGGAACUGCCCUUCGCUGGCCACCCGACCAUCGGCUCCGGCUUCCACCUACUCUCAAUCGCGCCCGAUCGCGACACGGUCACGCUCCGGACCAAGGCGGGGGACAUCCCCGUGGUGCAGGAGGGCGGGAUGGUGAAGCUGCAGGUCCCCAUCGACUUCAAGACGCACCCCUCGCUCGCCAUCCCGCAGCUCAAGACCCCGCAGGCGGCCCUGCACGACGCCGACUUCGUCCACGGGCGCACGGGCGCCGAGGCGUGCGCGUCGAUCGUCAAAGGCAUGACCUUCGUCCUGCUCGCGCUCGCGUCCGAGGACGCGCUCGCGCGCAUGGGGCCGUACCCGGCGCGCCUGACCGUGCCGGACGCGGAGACGGUUCUCGGGCCCUGGGGCGUCGGCUUCGCCGGCGUGUACGCGUUCUUUGAGCGCGCCGACGGCGUCGUGCGCACCCGCAUGUUCGACGGGACGCUCGAGGAUCCGGCGACGGGCUCGGCGGCCUCGACGCUGGCGGGGUGGCUUGCGCUGCGCCGCGGGCCUGGUGUUCAUGUGGUCGACAUUCUGCAGGGUGUCGAGAUGGGCAGGAGGAGCGAGAUCAAGGUCACGGUGAGAGUAGGGGACGAUGGCGUGAUUCAGCGAAUUGAAUUGGAGGGAGCGGCGGUGAAGGUCAUGGAGGGAUUUAUUGAUAUCUAA